AGGGGGACGUGAAGACGCGGACCCCGCGCAGCGUGGGGACAUGUGACCGACUGCAGAGGCCGCGCUGCUGCGCAGGACGCGGUGAGGCGCGCUCGGAGGCCCGGGAGCACCACCCGGGAGCACUACAGGGCGCGUGAGCAGACGCGUGGCCGCAAGGCCUGCGCGGGGUCUCCUCAGGGUCCCCAGCUUUACGUAGAAACGAAACUGAAAGAGGGGCCCGAGGGAGGCGGAGCUGCGGCGACGCCACCCAGGCUUGCGAGGCCCGGACCCAGGCGCAGCCAGGUGUGCUCCGGCCACCAUGGCUCAGGAUGGCGUGGAGUUGGAGAAGAGCGUCAGGCGCCUCCGGGAGAAGUUUCAUGGGAAAGUGUCCCCCAAGAAGGCAGGGGCUCUUAUGAGGAAGUUUGGCAGCGACCACACCGGAGUUGGGCGCUCUAUCGUGUAUGGUGUCAAGCAGAAAGACGGACAGGAGCUGAGCAACGACCUGGACGCUCAGCCUUCAAACAGUAGGUGCUCAUUACAUGCUGAUUACCUCAAAUGGAAGAGACAGGACAGUAGGAUAAGGAGACUGAAUGUCGAAGAAAACUCAAGGCAACCCUUUCUUGCAUAAGAAGAAAGUCUGAGCUGGGCAGAUCCUGGGAAGAAAGACGCCUGGACAGGAGGGAUGAAGGAAUCAAGGCAAUAUGGUUGUUUUGCUCCUCGGCUUCUGUUUGCUUGAAAGACAUAGCAGAGUUUUUGUUUUGUGUAAGACAGAGUCUUUACAUAGCUCAGCCCUGGACUUCCCUGAAAUUCACUAGAUAGGCCAGGCUGGCUUUGAACUCACAGAGAUCCACUUGCCUCUGCUUACCAAGAGCAGGGGAUCAAGGCGUGUACCACCUUGCUGGGCAUCUAAAAGAAUCCUACCAAUGAUAUUCUUUUGCUUUAGGUCUAUAAACAAUAUGAUAAGAUAAUAAUAAUAAUAGCAGGAAGUCGCCUUCAUGGAGAGCACGAGUGAGGCAGAUCUCCAGGCCUUGGUUCAUGUCCUACCCCUCCUCAGGGUCCCAGGAGGCAAUCCAAUUGCACAGGAACCCAGCCCGGGGACACGACACUCACCAGGUUCCAGAGACCAGCAGUUGACUUCAGGGAAUCAGACUCUAGCCACUUGGAACGAAGCCUGGGCUCUGAGAGGCCCCUCUGUGAAGACCGCCAUCCCUCAUCAGGGAGCAACUGAGCAGCCAAUUAGGCUUGCAGCUAGCUGCUUGCAAGCCCCAAAGCCCAGAGCUUUGUAGUGUGGCCAGGGGACAGAGAGAUGGCUUAGCAGUUAAGAGCACUUGCUGCUCACAUAGGAUCCCAGCUCCAAAAUGGGACCGCUCACAACCACUCCAAGUUCCAAGGGGUCUGACACCCUCUUCUGGCGUCCAUGGGCACUGCACAUGUAUACAUGCACAUGGGAAGAGACACACAUAGACAUUUUUAAACGUUUUAGUGUUUAAAACCAUGUGGCAUCUGAGGCCAGUUGUCACAUGUGUGGCCUCUGCGAGGUCAUGCAGGGCUCUGGGUUCCAUGGGCUAUGAUCACUGAGUGAAUCCAGAUUCUGGGCCAUCUAGGAAAUGAAAAUAGCAAAUGUAUCCAGUUCUCAAGGACUUUGGGGACAUUGUGCUUUUGUCUGUUUUUACAGUACUGGGGAUUGAACUUGGGACUCCAUAGUAGACAAGGGUUCUAAUGCUAAGCCACGCCCCCAGCCUUCUCUAGUUACAUGCAAUCCUCCUGUGUCACCAGACCCAGCUCCAGUAACUAACUGGAAAGCUCUCAACACAGGCAAUAAUGUUUCAUCUCUGCUAGAGCUACACAGAGCCAGGGUCCUGUCUCCAUGGCUUCUGCCCCUCUCAACAUGGGUAUAGCACUCUGAGAGUAUUUCCGGUUCUGCCUUCCCCUUCCGUGUCUCCCCUCAGGACCCACCAGAGGACAUGAAGCAAGACCAAGAUAUCCAGGCAGUAGCCACCUCUCUGUUGCCCCUGACGCAAGCCAAUCUUCGAAUGUUCCAAAGAGCCCAAGAUGACCUCAUCCCUGCCGUGGACCGACAGUUUGCCUGCUCCUCCUGUGACCAUGUAUGGUGGCGCCGUGUACCCCAGAGGAAAGAGGUGUCACGGUGUCGCAAGUGUAGGAAGCGUUACGAACCAGUGCCACUUGACAAGAUGUGGGGCCUGGCAGAGUUCCACUGCCCAAAGUGUCGCCACAACUUCCGGGGCUGGGCACAGAUGGGGUCCCCAUCACCCUGCUACGGGUGCGGCUUCCCUGUGUACCCCACCCGGAUCCUGCCCCCACGCUGGGACCGUGACCUGGACCGUCGCAGCACACACACCCACUCCUGCUCAGCUGCAGAUUGCUACAAUCGGAGAGAGCCCCAUGUGCCUGGGACCUCCUGCGCCCACCCCAAGAGCCGUAAGCAGAACCACCUCCCCAAAGUGCUGCACCCGAGCAACCCCCACAUCAGCAGCGGCUCCACGGUGGCCACGUGCCUGAGCCAAGGAGGCCUCGUGGAUGACCUGGACCACCUCAUCCUGGAGGACCUGAAAGAGGAGGAGGAGGAGGAGGAGGAGGAAGAGGAGGACGGUGGGCCCCGAGAGUGACCCUGGCUAGGUGCACACAGGAAGACAGACACAGUGUGUGGCCACCUCGUGUUGCUAUAAGAUACCAGCUGAAGGAGAUAGGAACACCCUUGGGGGUACUGAUGGGACAGUCACAAGCGCACAAGCCGGGUCAACAUAACAGCUUUCUUCAGAGAGUACGCCCCACCACGGAACUCGGCCCAGUAGACCCCGUCCUGGUAUCGGCUCCGGUAAUGACCUCCAUGAUACCAUACUCCAUUGAGGUUAGAGUGGGCACAGGCAUGGUACCACCAGCCCCCACGAUGGUACAGGGCACAGUUACCUGAGGGAGAGGGAGAGGGGGAGAGAGAGAGAGAGAGAGAGAGAGAGAGAGAGAGAGAGAGAGAGAGAGAGAGAGAGAGUUCGAUUUUUUUCACCAAAAUAAAAGUCUCUACCAGCACUUCUUUGUGCAAAGCUUUUGCAAGCAUUCCUCAACCUUCCCUAUCUUAUUGAAUAGAAGCCCUGCUACUCCAUCUCUUCACCGAAAUAAAAGGCUCUGGCUUCUCACUUUCUU